AUGUUGUUUCCUAACUUUCUCGCUGCAACGGCAGUUCUUUCUACUCUUGCUGCUGCUAUUCCUGUGCACCUCGAAGCACGCGACAAUGCCCCACUUCAGCUCUUGGAGCGAUCAGCUUCACCGGGGAUGGCAACAAACGCGCAAGCUGAUGGAUCGAGCAAAGAGACUCUCUCGAAGAGGAUGAACCUCCUCAAUUUCCUUGACCCAGCUAUUCAUGUGCAUGCUCCAAAGCCAAAGCCCGUCCACCAUGCGCCACCGAAACAUAUGAAAGACCCAACGCCAGCCGGACCAAAUCGUUAUGAGGACCCCUCUUGGCAAGCACGUCCAAACACAGUGAAACAACAGAAGCCCUAUUUUGACUUUUUCGGUCCCCCAGAGCCUCAACGUCUUCCAACUAUUCCGGAGGGCGCCGCCGUCUUGUAG